GUCCUCACGCGCAGGCGCCGGCCCGCAAAGCGCUCGCUGGCUUCCCGCAAGAAGGGUUCAAAGAUCGCGCCGUUCCCUUUCUCUCUCUGGGGUGAGACCUGAGCUGCGAGCGCGUCCGGCCCCGGGGUGUCGCCAGUGCGGGAGCCCCAGCUCUGGACGUCUGUCUCAGCAUGGUUGAGAUGGAGCAGGCUGAGGCCCAGCUCUCCGAGUUGGACCUCCUGGCCAGUAUGUUCCCCAGUGAGAAUGAGCUCAUAGUGAAUGACCAGCUGGCAUUGGCGGAGCUGAAAGAUUGUAUUGAGAAGAGGACAAUGGAGGGGCGAUCAUCGCAAGUGUACUUUACGAUCAAUGUGAGCCUGGACCUCUCUGAGGCAGCAGUGGUGACGUUUUCUUUGUCUUGCAUUCUUCCCUUUAAAUAUCCUACAGUCCUGCCCGAAAUUACAGUGAGAUCAGUAUCGCUGAGUAGAUCCCAGCAGACUCAGCUGAACACAGAUCUGAUAGCAUACCUGCAGAAGAACUGUCUUGGAGAUGUCUGUAUCCUGAAUGCCACAGAGUGGGUUAAAGAGCAUGCCUUUGACUAUGUCAACAUAGAAGCUUUGCCCUCCCCCGCCAGGCAAAGCACAGCCCAGCCAGAGGAUCUCGCUUUCACGAGGCUCUGGAUCUACAGCCAUCACAUCUACAACAAGUGCAAAAGAAGAAACAUCCUAGAGUGGGCAAAGGAAUUGUCCCUGACUGGGUUUAGCAUGCCUGGGAAACCUGGUGUUGUUUGUGUGGAAGGCCCGCAAAGUGCUUGUGAGGAAUUCUGGUCAAGACUCAGAAAACUAAACUGGAAGAGGAUUUUAAUUCGUCAUCGAGAAGACAUUCCUCUUGACGGUACAGCCGGCGGAAUGGAAGGACAGCGGAAAUUUCCCAUUCUUGAAGAAAAGGCCUUCAGUGUCCACGGAGCCAGAGGAAACCACAUGGACUUUGGCCAGCUGUAUCAGUUCUUAAAUGCCAGGGGAUGUGGGGAUGUUUUCCAGAUGUUCUUUGGUGUAGAAGGACAGUGACUGAGCAGAGGGGAAGUCAGACCUGUUGGCUCACUGUUCCUCUGUUGAUCAUUUCUUCCUGUUUUUCCUUGAAAUUCAAUUUCAGCUCCAUUCUAGGAUGUACUAGGGUUGGGGUCACAAGAAGAAAAUUAAUAUGGCUGAAAUGUAUCAGUUAAAACUUGCCAUGCCUGAGAGAAAAACUGGGUUUCGACUUGUAAGCUUUAAAUUACUAAGUGAGAAGGGUGGAGAAAUGACUCAGAAGUUAAGAGCAUAUGCUGCUAGUGCCAAGGACCUAAGUUCAGUUCCCAGCACCCCUGGCAGGGAGCUCAUAACUACCUAUAUGUCUUUACUUCAGGGCAUUUGAUGUACUCUGUCCUCCAAGGGUGCAUGCAUGAACAUAAACAUGUAAAUAUAUUUGGGGUAUCAGAUCCCCUGGAGCUGGAGUUACAGGAGGUUGUGAGGUACCCGGUGUGGGUGCUGGGAGCCAAACUUGGGUCCUCUGCAAGAGCAGUGCACCCUUUUAACCUCUGAGCCAUCUCUACAGCUUGGUGGAAAUUUCUUGACGUGAGCUGGAUCUGAAGGCACAUGCUUAUAAUCCCAGCACUUGGGAAGUAGAGGCAGGAGGAUGGGAAGUUGAAGGCCAGCUGGGCUACACGAGGCUCUGUCUCAUGAAACUUGAAAGACAAAUUAUAUGUGAAGGUAAUUUUGAUGGUUCGACUUGCUAGGGAUUUCCCACACUCUUCUGCCUUCACUAGGAACCUGGAAAAGCUGCCUGUUCACCCUCCUGGCCUCUCUUGCAGCUGCAUUGGGCUGUAGGUUACAGUGCAGGAUUUCUGGGGAUGAAUUUGCCUCUCUUCUCUUUCUGCCAUGGCCCCUGAAGUGAUGGCAAGAGAAAGGGCCAAGCUAUCUCAGAGAUGUCAUUGUACAAGACACCUUGCCACAUGCGGACCCAAUGUUAAUCCCAGCCUGUCUCCAGACCUUUGAAAUAAAAUGAAAUUUUAAACAAUCUGUGCUUGUUAUCAGUAGUCAGAAGUUUGAAACUACCCUGUCUUUUAAAGUACAAACAGUAUAAAGCCUUCCUC